AUGAGUUUCUUUAGAUCUAAAAAGAUGAAAUAUUAUAGUUUAGUAAUCCCAAGAGAGAGUGCUUGGGUUGUAAUGAAUGAAUUAGCAAGAUUAGGAUAAUUGCAUUUUGUAGAUUAUGAUCCAUAAUUACCUAUGAUCAACAGACCAUUUGCUAAUUAUGUGAAAAGGUAUCAAUAAAAUUAAUCAAUAUAAGAUGUGAUGAUUCCUUAUUUAAAUUGAGUUGUCUAGAGCUACUCUUAAAGGAAUUCAAAAAAAAUCUUAAUUAUUGUGAAAAUGUAGAAGAGUUGUUGGAUUAUUUUUCAUAAGUUUAAUAUGAUAGAAUGAAACCAGGACAUACUUAUUUUGAUGAAUUGGAGUCAGAAAUAGAACAAAAAAAAAUAUAAAUUCAAGAGUAAUCUGCUAAUUUACAAAAUCUAUUGGAUAGAGUAAAUAUAAUAACAGAAUAAUAAUUGGUGUUAGAAAAUGCAAAAGAAAUUUUAGGUCAAUCUAUGUUCUAAUAGUAUUAUUAUUAUUUUUAUUAAUAUCUAGAUAAACACCACAUAAUCCAAAUGAUUAUUAAUAAUUAAAAUUUGGUUAAUUAAUAGGUGUAAUUGAAAAAGAAGAAGAAGUUAGAUUUAAAAGAAUAAUAUUUAGAGUUACUAAAGGAAAUGCUUGGGUCUAGAUUAAGGAUUUAAACAAUUAACAAAUAGACAAUUCUAUGAGAUAAUCAUUUCAUUUAAAUUAAGUUUCAAUUUAAUAUAUAUGUAGAAUAAUACAUCAUCACCAAGAUGUCUGUAUGUAAUUGUAUAUCCUGGAGCUGAAGAAUCAAGUUCUUUAAAAAUGAAAUUGUUAAAAGUGUGUGACUCUUUUAAUAGAUAAAGAAUUGAGUAUCCAAAUUCAAUGGAUGAAUUAUAAAGAAAAAUGAUGGAAUUAAAUUAACAAUUAUUAGAAGUUAAAAAUUUAAUAGAAAUGUCAAAGCAAUAAUUAGAAUAAUCAUUAGAUGAAUUAGUAUUGUAGAAAUAAGGAUGCAAUUGCUCUUAUUUUGAAUACAUGCGUUUAUAUGUAUUGAAGGAGAAGUAUCUUUAUGUAAAUUUAAAUUACUUAACAAUGAGAGGAUCAAUAUUUACUGGAUAUUUUUGGUUGCCAGAAGGAUUGGAAAUUAUGGUAGAAGAAAAACUAAGAAAUGCAAUGAAAAAUAAUAGAGAUCAUUAUCCAACAGGUUAAAUUCAAGAAAUCAAACCAUAAUUAACUUCACCUCCUACUUAUUUCAAUUUAAAUGAAGUAACUAUGCCAUUCUAGGAAAUUGUAAAUACAUAUGGAAUACCUCGAUAUUAAGAAGUUAAUCCUGGUUUAUUUACCAUAAUAACAUUCCCAUUCCUAUUUGGAGUAAUGUUUGCAGAUAUUGCUCAUGGAUUCAUGUUAUUUUUAUGUGGAUUAUAUAUAAUAUUUUGGAAAAAUUAUCUUUUAAAGUAAACAGAUUCUAUGUUUAAUUUGAUGAUACCCUUUAGAUAUUUAAUAGUAUUGAUGGGAUUCUUUGCAUUUUAUAAUGGAUUCAUUUAUAAUGAUUAUCUAUCUAUAUCCUUGAAUUUAUUUGGUAGUUGUUAUUCACCUGAAAAAGAAGAAUGGAAAAGAGAAUCAAAAGAUUGUGUAUAUCCAUUUGGAGUUGAUCCAGUUUGGUAAGCUUCUGGUUCAAGUUUGAAUUUUAUGAAUUCCUAUAAAAUGAAAUUAUCAGUUAUUUUAGGUGUAAUUCAUAUGUUAUUUGGUAUUCUGAUGAAAGGAGUCAAUACUUUAUAUUUUAAAAAUUAUCUAGAUUUCUUUUGUGAAUUCAUUCCUCAAUUAUUAUUCAUGAUUUGUACCUUUGGAUGGAUGGAUUUCAUUAUAAUAGUCAAAUGGUUAAAUACAUAUGAAAAUAAUACUGAUCCAAGUAUUAUUGAAACUAUGAUUAAUUAAGUCUUGAAACCAUUUGAUAAACCUGUAAAUCCUGUAUUUCCAAAUGAAGCUGAGUUUUAAUUACAGUUAACACAAAUCUUAACAUUGAUUGCUGUUAUUUGUAUACCUUGGAUGCUUCUGCCUAAACCAUUAAUUUUGGGUUCUAAGAAUGAUAAACACAAAGUGAAUAUGUCUGAUUCUCAAUAUUAACCUUUAGUAUUAGAAAAACAAGUAUCUGAAUAGGAUGAAGAUAAUAAUUAAUAAUUUCAUAAUGACUUAUAAAAUGCUGCCAAUCUUAAGAGUUUUAGUGAAUAGAGUAAUGAAUAACAUGAUUCAGGUGAGAUUUGGGUUCAUUAAAUGAUUGAAACUAUUGAAUUUGUAUUAGGAGGAAUCAGUAAUACAGCUUCAUAUCUACGUCUUUGGGCUUUAUCAUUAGCACAUGGUUAAUUAGCAGAAGUAUUCUAUGAUAUGUGUUUGGCUGGCAAAUUAGAUAUUGGAGGAAUCUUAGGUGGGUUAUUAGGAGGAUACUUUUAUAUCGUUUUUGCUUUGCUUACUUUUGGAGUAUUAAUGACAAUGGAUGUUAUGGAAUGCUUUUUGCAUGCUCUUCGUUUACAUUGGUACUGUAUACUUUAAUGAAAGGGUUGAGUUUCAGAAUAAGUUUUAUAAAGCAGAUGGUUAUUUAUUUAAUGGGUAUUCUUACAAAAAAAUAUUGAAUGACAACCUGAAAUAGUCAAAUUCAAAAUGAU